AUGCCCGAAGGGCAGAACAGAAAGUCAAAGAUCUCAGCCUCCAGAAAGCUGAUGCUGAAGAGUUUGAUGGUGGCGAAGGCCAAGGAGGAGCUGGAGCAGGAGAUCUUAGUGAAGGAGGAGGAAAAACAAAAGUACCUGUCAGAGCGAGCGCCUCCUCUGUACACCAGCAGCAUGACCCUCGCCCAGCUACAGGACCUAUGCAGAGAACUCCACGCCAAGAUAAAUGUGGUGGAUGAGGAGCGAUACGACAUAGAGGCCAAAGUCAUGCUGAACACGCGCGAGAUCAAGGACCUGAACAUCAAGGUGUUGGACCUGAGGGGGAAGUUCAAGAGGCCUACCCUGAGGCGUGUGCGCGUGUCAGCCGACGCCAUCCUGCGCUCCCUGCUGGGCUCCAAACACAAAGUCUCCAUGGACCUCCGAGCCAACCUCAAGUCUGUCAAGAAAGAGGACACUGAGAAGAAGAGGCCAGUGGAGGACAGUGAUUGGAGGAAGAAUGUGGAGGCCAUGUCAGGGAUGGAGGGGAGGAAGAAGAUGUUUGACGCUGCCAAAGGCCCCGCCCAGUGA